GCUGCGCUGCUCGGCGGGCAUGGCCCGCGCCCUGCUGCUGCUGCUGCCGCUGCUGAUGGCGGGUGCCUGGGUGGGCCCGCGGCCGCCGGCGGCCCGGAGCCAGGAGGCGCCGCAGACCCCGGACUGGAGGAUGACGCUGAAAACCAUCCGGAACGGCGUGCACAAGAUCGACGUGUACCUCAACGCGGCGCUCGACCUUCUGGGCGGCGAGGACGGCCUCUGCCAGUACAAAUGCAGCGACGGAUCAAAGCCCUUUCCUCGCUAUGGAUAUAAGCCUUCACCGCCGAGUGGUUGUGGAUCACCUCUAUUUGGAGUUCAUUUUGACAUUGGUAUCCCUUUGAUGACAAAGUGCUGCAAUCACCAUGAUAGAUGUUAUGAUACUUGUGGCAAUAAAAAAAAUGACUGUGAUGAGCAAUUUCAGUCCUGCCUCUCCAAAAUUUGCAGAGAUGUGCAGAAAACACUUGGGAUAUCCGAGAACGUACAGGCUUGUGAAUCAAUUGUUCAGCUGUUGUUUGAUGCAGUUAUACACUUAGGAUGUAAGCCGUACCUUGACAGCCAGAGAGCUUCAUGUAUGUGUCGCUAUGAGGAUAAGACAGAUCUCUGAGAGAAGAUGGUGUGGAUGUCCUGCAGUUUGGAAUGAAGUAAAACAACUGGAAUGAAGCAAAUGUUUUACACUUCUCAGGCCUGACACAAAUGCUCUUUUUUAAAAAAAGAGACUAUCACAAAGUCAUCCAUAAAAGAGAAGGACCGAUGCAUGAAGAGUAUAUGCAUGAAGACCAGCUUCAGCCCCAUCACCCAGAUCUCGAUGAAGAGGUAGGCUGACUUACCAAAGACUCAAAGACAGAGUCAGCAGUCAGACAGAAGUCGCCACUGUAUUCCGGGUCUACCUUGAAGCUCAGCUCUUUGGGGCAGCUGUCCUCAUUGCUGUCCACUGGCCAGAUGAGUCUGAUGGCUUUGAAGAUGGGCAGAAUAUUGCCCAGAUUGAUGUCCCUGAAGCUGAGCUCCUCUAGCACCUUCCCUGUCUGGAGCUUCUUCUCAAACUCUGCCUUCAUCUUAUUCAUCACCCACUUCCUGACUGGGACCAUGCCCCUGAGCUCCCUGAAGAGAAAGAGGAAGAUGGCAUUGAAGAGGUGGCACAUCUUAUUGCUGGAGGUGGGAUCUGGAGGGGGAGUUCUGGCUGCUGUGGUAGCAUAGUGCUGGGCUCCAGGCCUGUGGUGAGAGCUGAGGCAGCCAGCACUGAUGCCAGGACUGGCUCUGAGGCUGCCUAGCUGCCUGGUGUAUAUGAGGCCAUCUUCAGCUCUGGCCACUCUGGGAGGCUCCAGCAUCUUCCUGUAGAAGAAGGAGGAACGCAAGGAAGCAGGUGGCCAGCAUCAAGAUAGGAUGUCAUAUACCAGUAGCGUCAUUGCCUCGAGUGCACCAAGCCUCACAGUUGAGAAGUGCCCCUGCUUGAGGGGAGGUCUUGUCCCUGCAGCUCAGUGCCACACAGGAGAGCUUGAAAAGCUGUUUGUGCUGCUCACCAGUUAUGGGGUAAGAUGAAUGACUCAUAAUCAUACUUUGUUUUCAGGCGCAUGCUCAGUUGGCACUCAGCUGUUGAACCAGGUGCCUUCUAUCCAUUCUUUCAGUUUCACAGUUUGAGACAGAUUUGUGGUUGUUAAGCUGUGUUAGAGAGUGUUACCAGUACUGUCCUUCAUUGUCUUUCUAUGCAAGCCCUUAUGUACAAGACCAGGCUGAAGGAGGAAGUUGAGAGAAAGAAAGAAGUGGUGUGAGGAGCACACCAUCACAUGAGUACUGUCCCUGCGGUGGCAGGAGGGGGUCUGGAGGUUUUCAGGAAGUGUGUAGAUGUGGCACUUAAGGACAUAAUUUAGUGGGCAAGGUGGUGGUGGGUUGAUGGUUGGACUAGAUGAUCUUGGACGUCUUUUUCAACCUUAAUGACUUAUAUUAAACACUGACAUGAAUGUAUUGUUUGAAAGUCAUUAUGCUAUUCUUCCUCGUGUUUAAAAAAUAGGAAAAAAAGUGUUAAGUCUUCCUUAUCUUCUUUACACUACAAGUUGGAAACUGAAAUUAGACUCUUUUAGUGUAUGUACAUUUAGGGUAUGCUACUGUAAAACACAAACACUAUUUUCAAUUAAAAAAAAAAAAAAAA